UAUAAAUAUGCAUUUCAAAUGAAACAUGCCAAAGGCCAGGACCUGUUUGAUCAGAUCGUGUACCACCUGGACCUUGUGGAAACAGACUACUUCGGCCUCCAGUUCCUCGACUCUGCCCAGGUCGCGCACUGGCUGGAUCAUUCCAAACCCAUUAAAAAGCAGAUGAAAACUGGACCUGCUUAUGCUUUGCACUUUCGAGUUAAAUAUUAUUCUUCAGAACCGAACAACCUUCGUGAAGAGUUUACAAGGUACCUGUUUGUUUUACAACUCAGGCAUGACAUUCUUUCAGGAAAAUUGAAAUGCCCAUAUGAGACGGCUGUGGAAUUAGCUGCUCUCUGUCUACAAGCGGAGCUUGGGGAAUGUGAGCUUCCAGAACACACCCCAGAGCUUGUGUCUGAGUUUCGGUUCAUUCCAAAUCAGACAGAAGCGAUGGAAUUCGAUAUCUUCCAGAGGUGGAAAGAGUGCAGGGGAAAGAGCCCUGCCCAGGCGGAGCUGUCCUAUCUGAAUAAAGCGAAGUGGCUGGAAAUGUAUGGGGUAGACAUGCACGUUGUCAGGGGAAGAGAUGGCUGUGAAUAUUCUCUUGGACUGACCCCGACAGGCAUAUUAAUCUUUGAAGGAGCUAACAAAAUAGGCUUAUUCUUUUGGCCUAAAAUUACCAAAAUGGACUUUAAAAAGAGCAAAUUGACACUAGUGGUGGUGGAGGACGAUGAUCAGGGCCGGGAGCAGGAGCACACGUUUGUAUUCCGCCUGGACAGCGCCAAGACCUGCAAGCACCUCUGGAAAUGCGCAGUCGAGCAUCACGCGUUCUUCCGACUGCGCACGCCAGGAAACAGCAAGUCGAAUAGAUCAGACUUCAUCAGGCUGGGGUCCCGCUUCAGAUUCAGUGGGCGGACGGAAUAUCAGGCGACUCACGGGGCCCGGUUACGAAGAACCAGCACCUUCGAGAGGAAGCCUAGUAAACGCUAUCCAUCCCGGAGACAUUCGACAUUCAAAGCAAGCAACCCGGUGAUAGCUGCUCAGCUCUGCUCUAAAACAAAUCCUGAAGUCCAUAAUUACCAGCCUCAGUAUCAUCCCAAUAUUCACCCCAGCCAGCCACGGUGGCACCCUCACUCUCCAAACGUCAGCUACCCGCUCCCUUCCCCAGGGCUCAGCAGCUCGGACCGGCUACCCUUCGGCAUCGAGGAGAACGGGGGCACGCCAUUCACUACCAAAGCUUCGGGGCGGCACCACCACCACCACCACCACCAGCACCAGCACCAGCACCAGCACCACCCAAACUAUGGCCUCUCGCUGACCCUGGAGAACAAGGAGGGGCCUUUGAGGUCCCCAAACUCCAGCAGCAAAUCCCUUACAAAACUGACUCCAGGAGCACCUGCCCUGUUCAAUGAGGCAGCCACGCAUCUAAAGAAGCUGGAACUGGACACUGUGAAGGCUCCUGGACCCUGGCCUACUCUGCACAUCAACAUCAAUAAGGUUGAAGAAAAAAAAGUUUCUGAGAAGACUCUUCAGACCCCACUCUUGCCUUCCCCUGUGGCUGAUCACGUGAAGUGUAACAUUUUGAAAGCCCAGUUGGAGAAUGCUUCCCGAGUGAGUGCCCAGGCUGGAAAAGAGGAAUCAACGUUUGUAAAUAUCAAUAAGAAAUCCAGUCUUCAGGACGCUAAUGUAAGAAGUCCUAUUCCUAUACGUGUGGAAACGGGCCAGCCAGCAGUGGAAAAGCCGGAAAUCAAGCCUCCCCGAGUGAGGAAGUUAACAAGGCAAUACAGUUUUGAUGAAGACGACCUCCCUCCGGAGCUGGCCGAGGCAGUCGGCAUGACCACCACCGCCACCACCUCCACCACCACGGCCGCCGCCGCCACGCAGGUCUCGGCACCACUGGCGUCCCCCAAGGUCCACAAAGUCACCUCGCCUCAGAAUUCCGAAGCCAAGAGCCCGCUGUCCCCAGGGGCCAAGAGCCCCUCUGACCGAGGAGGUGCCUUUACCUUGGAGCCCGGCGACCUCCUGAUGGAUUUCACAGAAGCCACUCCUCUGAUAAAAACAUUCCCAGUUGAUCCAGUGACCUCGUUUCCUGAGCCUUUCAUUGCGGGGCCGCAGUUUACCGCAGACUUUAGAGACAGUAAAUUACAGUGCUGCCCUGGCCAGUCUUCCCCGCUGAUCCCAGCCGUGACCCUGAGGCCUUUGACAGAGACCAUCUCCACAGUGCAGACCAUCUACACCACGGAAGCCUGUUUCUCUGGCAGCCAGUGCAGAGACGCUCCGGCAGGAACUGGAGAGAGAGAAAAUGAUGAAAAGACUGUUGAUGACCGAACUGACUUCUCCCCUCGCUGCCUGGAGGACGGCAUGGUGCCUUGUCAUUUUCCUUCUUCGGGCUUUGUGUGCUCACUCUAGCACAACAUGCAAAUGUGUGCUCUGCUCGCCCGGGUCCCCGUGGUUAGUUGAAGCCAACAUCUGGCUUGACUCUUAUUGGAAAAGUUAUUUCAUGUCUCCUGAGUAUUAGAGUUUUUCUUCUACUCAAUGUAGUGGAGACAGGAUUUGUAAGUCUUGGUGAAAAAAAAUGGAAAAAUGGGGAUCCCUUUUCAGAAGUACCUGUGUGUAUUCAUUGAUAACCACAGGGGUUACUAAGGCGCAGAAUCCUUUGCUAUCAAUCUCAAUCAUGUGAUUUUGUAUGAUUGAAAUUUACACCAAGCUUUGACUGUUUGCUAAAGAGUCAUUUUUAACGAGAGAAUAAUUCUUUAUUGCUGGUUUUUCAUUUACACUGGUAAAUACACAGAUCUUUUAAAGUCUUUAACAUUCAUUUUUAUUCAGACACGAGUAGGUGAACUAAAAGGGAAAGUUGCUAUUACCAGGACUCAAGGUACUUCAGCUUAAUCUGAAACAUAAUUUCACUUGUGACUUUGUUAAAUACGAUAUUAUUUGGGAUUCACAGAAUUUAUGAUUGAACCCAAAGUAGGAAAUUAUAGGUUAAAUUCUAAAAAUCCUUAUAAGAUUAAGGUGAUUCAAUAUCAGGAUUCAUUGGGGGUGUUCCAUAAAGGAGAAUUAUUUCUAAAGUUGAUCAAUUCCUAUCCUGUUGCUAGAACCUUGACCAGAAGAAACUCUGCUCUCUUUUUGUAAGUUUCCAGAAAUGUGUUUUUAAAUUUUUAUUAUGCACUUGAACAACUUUGCAGGAAUAAAGGAACCCCCUAGCCACAAACUAGCCCUCCAAAUUGUUUCCCAAGCUUUCUCAAUGAAUAUGCACACCUUUUUUACAGUGGUAUGAUCGGUGUGUACACACUCUUUGGUUGUACUUCUCCGCCUAACACAUAACUUCUCUUUUCAAUACAGAUCCUGCUCUCACCCAUUUAAAUGUCUUUAUAUCCUUAUAACAUGGUUAACCUCACUGCUCCCCAUUAUUAGAUAUUUGAGUUAUAUCCAAGCUCUCACUCUUAUAAAUAGUGCUGCUAUGAAUGUCUUUGUAAAAAAAAUUACCCUUCCUUUGGAUUCUCCCCCCUGGGAAUAUCUCCAAAGAGGGAUUGUGAGGUCAAAGAGCAUGAAGUAUUGUAUAACUCUUACUUUAUUGCCAGAUUGCUUUCUAGAAAGAUCCAAUCUUUGGGUUGGAAGGACCGUAAAGGUCAACCCCCUUGAUCCCCUCUGAAUGCUUGAACUCCUACAAUUUAUGAUGCCACCAGCAAUGUAUAAGCAUUUCUAUUUACCAAUAGCUCUGCCAGUAUUGGGUUUUGCCAUUUUAAUUUAUUUUUGCUUGUUUAAUAGGUGUGUACAGUUGUCCUUGAAAGGUUGUUUUAUUUCAUUAAUUGCUAGCGAGGCCGAGCACUUUUCCAUGUGAUGAUUUACUAGCUAUAUUUCCUUGUGGGUAAAACGUCCAUCCAUUUCUUAAGACCGCUUGUUAAGUGGAACUGAUCUCAUAUAUUUGUAUCAGAACUGUAUUUUUAUGUUGUGUUGUAUAGUUUGCUCUCCUGUCCCUGUACUUAAAACUGAAUGGUGCCAAUAAUUUGAUACUAAUGAUUAUUUAAAAAGAGCAAUGCCUCAUUUACUAGCAUUGUUGUAAAAGGAGGCAUGUAAGCAAAUAUUCAGAUCACAGAGGAUUAACCCCUGAAGUGCUGAAUCUUUAAAAUAUUAAUAUUUUUUGAGGGAAAUCUUUCUAAGCUGUAUUACACACUUCCCUGCCUUAGUAAACAGAGUAUACCGGAGAGUAUUUCACCUUUUCUCGAUGAGUCAUGGUCAUCAUUGUAAACAUCAGCCCCUUUUGGACUUGGUGUGGUGCAGUAAUGUCAUUAGAAGCUAUCAGAACGUGUGGGGCUUGGCUUUGCCUUUCACAGGCUGUUGUGCUCGUCUCAUUGAUGGCUUCUACUGCUGUCUGCUCUGCUGGUGAAGCCAUCUGGGGCAAUUGGGGUAUUUGGGACCUUUUCAUCCCUGUACCACACGACCCCUGGCUGUACCUUUAAAACAGCUUUCGCCGUUCUUUAUCUCGUGCACACGAUGAUGCCAAAUGUGUUUCUGUACAAUAUGGGGAGCUCUCUGUGUCUGGGCUCAUCAGCUCUUGCCAAUCCAGCACCUAACCUGUUAGCUUUCUGAGUCUUCUGCUCUUCACCUCCUGCUCUCUGAUGGGAACCUCCCGGGCAAAACAGGAAGUUCUCGUGCGGAGGCCAGGAACCCCAGUGUCACAUGGUGUCAGGUUGGCUCUGCUGCUGAGGAGGGAUGCAUGGGCUUUCCGGCCGCUGUUUUCAGGAGCCUCUGAGUCUCCUGCUUCUUCCUCCCCGCGUCCCCCUGGGUUCACAGAUGUUUCAGAAGGUGGAUGUCACAGAUGUCUCAGAAGUCUGAUCACAAACUCGUUGGCUACUACUGUGUAUGAAAACCCAGUACCUUUGGCAGCUCAACUCUAAUCAGUAAAAUCAAGAGGAUUCCAUUGUUUCA